GUCCCAGAUAGAUCAUCUUUCGUCCACACAGCCAGGAUGCAAUUGGGUCUCUCGGAAAACCUCUCCAGCCUCGUGGCCCGACGCUUCGUCACCGCCAGAGAUGCAGGCCAUCUCAUUUUCUCCGAGACACAUCUCACAACCGUCUACGCAGCGGGGAUUCCGUGUCAACUUCGCUACUGUCCCGCCCUAGCGAAGAAACCCUCCGGCACACCGAAACCCGACCAAGGCCGCACAGGACCCAAACCAGAUCCCUUCCACGACCCGUCUCCGGAGCUCCUUGUCGCGCAGAUCCCACCCUCCCACCUCCUCGUGCUGAACAAGUUCCCUGUCAUUCCCAAUCACUUCAUUCUCGCUACCAAAGCGUGGAAGUCUCAAACGGAUAUUCUUGAGAAAGAUGAUUUGGAAGCUGCGUAUGCUUGUAUCAAAGCGUGGGAUCCCAGCGACAACAAUAACAACAGCCCCGCAGGCGCCGCCCCCGCCCCCCGCCCGAGACUCUUCGCCUUCUUCAACUCCGGCGAUGAAAGCGGCGCUAGCCAGCCUCAUCGGCAUCUACAAUUCCUCCCUGUUGAGGCCAUGACACAGGAUAGUGGCGACGGUGACGACUGGCGACCUCUCAUCGACGCGGUUGCGCAGUCUCCUCCGCCCACGUCUGGCCCCCCCUACCGUCGACUAAGCCAGCUCCCGUUCGCGCACUUCGCCCUCCCUCUCUCCGAGAAUCCCUCCGCAGACGAACUCCACUCGACAUACCUAGCCUUAUACCGCGCAGCGGUCGCAACCUUGCCUCAAAACCACAACCACAACCACAACCAGAGCCAAGACCCCCCAACAACCGGCCCCGCAGCAAUAAGCUACAACCUCGCAAUGACAGAAUCCACAAUGUUGAUCUGUCCGCGCAAGAGCGAGAGCGCCCAGAUCGCAGUGGACAACGGCACGAGCGACGAAGUCGCUGAGGCGGGCGUCGUCGCAUUGAACGGCACCAUCCUCGCUGGGACGCUCAUGGUGAAGGCCGAGGCGGAAUGGAAUGAGCUGCGGCGGAAUCCGGAGUCGUUGGCGGGUGUGCUUGCUGCGAUUGGGUAUCCGCAUCCGGAUUUGAGAUUUUUGUCGUUGUUGUGAUUUGGCUGGGUAUUGUCUGUUGUCAGAGGGGGGCGUGAAUUUGCGAGUUGAAGGCUACGGUAGAUAGAUAGUUGUAUACCCGACUGCCGUAUCAUAGAAUUAGAAGAUCGACUUGAACUGCCCUGGACACGAAGAAGAACGUUCCAUGAAUGAGGUAGCGAGCCUUCG